AUGUCAGACGUACAGAAAUCUGAAGUCUGCGUUCUAUCAGAUGGCUUUGCCGCGACUCGCGAUCCCAACUUUGAGGUGACGUGGAAGGCGGCCGACACGGAAAAUCCGAGAACCUGGCCAGUAUGGUACAGAUGCUUUGUUGUGGCCGCCACAUCCUUCUCCACCACAAUAGUAAUCAUGUACACGACAAUGUAUACCUCGGGUCUCGACGGAAUGCAGGACGCCUUCAAUUCCUCGGAAACUGUAGUGCUUCUGGGUCUGACCACCAAUCUUUUCGGCCUUGGGAUCGGAUCAGCUGUUCUUUCCUCACUUUCUGAAAUAUAUGGCCGAAGGCCUGUCUACGUUGUCUCUGUUUUACUCUUUGGCAUAUUUGUCCUGCCUGUGGCGCUUGCGAAAAACAUCGAAACGAUCUUGAUUAGCAGAUUUUUCAGUGGUUUCUUCGGGGGAGUCUCGAUCUCAAGCGGACCAGGCAGCGUUGCUGAUGUGACUAAUGAUCAAUAUCGUGCUCUGGCGCUGAGCUGCUGGAGCCUCGGGACUAUGAAUGGCCCUGUCUUAGGCCCUAUAAUUGGAGGCUUCAUAUUUCAGUAUCUUGACUGGCGCUGGAUUAAUUGGAUCGUUUUGAUCAGUACUGGGUUUUCACUUAUCUUGAUGUUUCUGGUCAAAGAGACAUACGCGCCCACCCUCCUUCGCAGACGGACCAAGAAAUUGCAGCAAGAAACCGGUGAUCUUCGUUGGUGGUGCCAAUUUGACCACGAGCAGACGGGACUUCAAAUGUUGAAAACUAACUUGAUCCGUCCUAUUCGAAUGAUUUUGUUCGAGCCGAUUUGUAUUUUCUGGAACAUAUAUAUAGGCAUUGUCUAUGCGGUUCUUUUCCUGUGCUUCGUCGCCUAUCCUAUAGUCUUUGAGGAGCAUCGGGGUUGGUCUCCGAGUCUUGCAGGGCUUGGUUACUGUGGCAUUGGAAUCGGAACUGCCAUUGCGGUGAUUUCAGAGCCUUUGAUCAGAAAAGUUAUCAAUUUACACCCUUCAGAUCCAAGCACAGGCCGACCAGCCCCCGAGGCUGCGGCAUGGGCGGUAUGCCUAGGAAGUGUUCUCAUCCCAAUUGGAGAGUUUUGGUUUGCAUGGACCGCUAAACCGUCGAUCCAUUGGAUACUCCCGAUCCUGGCAGGUCUUCCAUUUGGGUUGGGCAAUGGUCUGGUUUUCAUCUAUGCUACAAACUACAUAGCUGGAAGCUAUACGGUUUAUGCAGCCUCGGCCAUGGCAGGCAAUUCGAUUGUGAGAUAUGGCCUUGGUGGCGUUCUCCCUCUUGCUGGGUCCAAGAUGUACCACACGCUGGGGCCCAACUGGGCUGGGACCAUGUUGGCCAUCAUUGAGGUCGUAUUGAUCCCCAUUCCAUUUUUCUUCUACAAGUUUGGCCACAAGAUCCGACUGCGAAGCCCGAUGAUUGUGGGGGAAAUAAGGAAUCGGGCAUCUGGCAAAUGAUUGUAGAUAGCAAAUGAUUGAGAUGGCAAAUCGUGACGAUAAGCUAUAUUUGAUAUUUUCCGAGCCCGCGAGUCACACACGGUGUAAGAGGUCGCGUAUUUCAUGCAGUUCAUGGCCAAGUAUUUUACGAACA